GAAAAAGUCGGUAAAAAAAAGGUUAUGUUAUUUUUUUCCUAAAGUUUGUACCUAUUAUACGGUUUAUAAUAUUAAAAUAAUACAUAACGUAUGUACAGUAAUUACAACUGGAUAAAAACAAAUCAUUUUUAUUUUUAUCCAGUGGUAGAAAUACACAUAAUUUGUAUAACAAGCAUCAACGAAAUAUAAAACUUUUAUAGUUCUAGUAUGAAAGUGUUUUAAAAAUAGAGGAUGGACUAAAAAAAGUUAGUAUAUAAUGAAAAUAUUUCUAUUUAAUUUAUAAAAUGAAUGACAACUAUACCCACAAUGAUUGUAGCCUUAUUUAUAUAGUGGAGAAUAUCUUAGGGCCUUACGAAGAUAAUGAAGAAUAUGAAGAAAUAUUAAAUGCUUUCAACUCUCAAAUAACUCAACAUUGUGUUUGCUACCAGACCUGCGAAAAUGAAUGUAUGUGCAUUCUGCAAUCAGGUGGUAGUAACUAUAGUUUAAAACCCAGUGCAAAGUUCUGUAGAUAUGUAUUAAAUUUUAAAGGAAAAGAUAUUAAAACAUAUCCUAUAAUUGAAUGCAAUAGCCUGUGCAAAUGCCCAAGCGGCUGUGGCAACAGAGUUGUUCAAAAUGGGCCUACAGAUAGAUUGAUAGUAAAAAGUUGUGUUGACCAAGCUAAGGGCUUUGGUCUUUACACAGAAGCUCAUAUUAUAAAAGGUACAUUCAUAUGUGAAUAUGCAGGGGAAGUAAUAACUGAAACGGAAGCUUUGAGGAGACAUAAUAAGAAUAAAAAUGAAGGAAAAAUGAAUUAUAUUUACUGUCUAAAGGAACACAGUAAUGGCAAGCUUACACAGACCUUUGUAGACCCCAGUAGUUUUGGCAACAUUGGGAGAUAUAUGAACCACAGCUGUGAACCAAAUUGUUUUAUUAUUCCCGUUAGAGUGGAUACACCAGUACCUAAACUGGCUAUUUUCAGUUGCAUAGACAUUCUCCCUGAAUCAGAAUUGACUUUUGACUAUGGAUCAAAUGUAUUGCCAACUGAAUGUGUCAUGUCGGCUCAAGAAAGAAGUAACAGAAAGAAGUGUUUGUGUAACAGCCAAAACUGUAGAGGAUGGAUGCCAUUUGAAGUUUAUUAG